AUGUCUUCUAUUUUCAAGAUAUGGGAUACAUGUUGUGCAUGUAUUAGUCCAUUUGGUAUUACACCUGAUCAAUUGCCGUGUGAAUGUCCAGUAGAAGAUUGUAGUUAUCAAUAUUGUAGUAAAUGCGUACAAUCAAUAAAAACUUGUAAUAGCACGAAUAAGGCACAAUUCUAUUGUUUAUAUUGCCAAAAUUCAUCUGUAAAUGAUGCAAAAGUGAAUGAAUUAUUAUUAAAUUUACUGUGGCAGAAAUAUGCUGUAAAAUACGGUACCGAUUUAUUAUCAGCAACAAACAUUAUGCCAGGAGCACUUUCAAAUGAUAUUUCUAGUCGAAUAAUUCAUGUUCAAUCAUUAAUACAAACAUUAAAUGGAAAGAUGAAUAAUGAUUAUUCUAUUUCUGAAACUGUCCAAUUACUCAUAGCACGUGCGAGUACAUUUAUUAACAACUUGAAAAGAAUUAAACGCGACGUAGAUAAACUGAUUUCAGCACACAAUGAUGAUGAGUUGAAUCGUUACUUUAUAAUCUAUUUAUAUGAACUAAAUGGUAAUCAUGAUAAAGCUCGAAAAUGUGAAAGUUUUGUUGAAAUAUGUGAAUUACUAUUAUAUCAAAUUCAACAAUUGGAAUUGAAAAAAUUCUUUCCAUCAUUGAAUGAAAAAAUGAAUCAAUGGGAAAAUACAUUGCUUUCAAACGACCAAUUUGAACCGAAAAUUAUUGAUGUUUUUAGAUCACUUGAAAACGAUCUCGGUCGAAAUAUUAUUCCAAGUGUACCAUGUAGGAUAGGAUUGAUUGGUGAAACAAGUGCAGGAAAGACUUCUUUGGGACUUGCACUAAGAAGAAUUCAAGACGAUUAUACCACUAAUUUUCAAUCAAAAGACCUUCCAAACAUAAUACUCUCUUCACCCAUCGGUGUUUAUAAAACAACAUAUUGUCAAUUGGAAUUUGAACAUCAAUAUGAUAAUGAUAAGAAAGUAAUAUUUGUUGAUAUUGAAGGAUCAACUGAUAGCGAUUUAUAUGUCAAAUCGGGAAAUUAUUUUGAUCAAAUUAAAAAAGCAGAUUGUGAUUUGUAUAUUAUUGUUUUUGAUCACAAUUUUACAGAUGCCCAUCGUCAGUGGCAACAAUAUAUUGUAAAUAAUUUGAAUCGUACGUGUUGGAUUGUACGAAGUAAAGUAGACGAACUGUUUAUAAGAACAUUUAAACAAGAUGUUGGUCAAGAUUUUUAUUCAUGCGAUGAAAUGACAAGAAGAAAAUAUGCGGAGAAAGUAAUGCAACGAGUUCGAGAACUUGCUAUCUCAGACAACAAAGGAAACAAAUUAUCUGAUGUAUAUCUUACGUUUGUUUCAAGUGAAAAUGAUACACAUAAUCAAAAUUCAUCCAUACUAACAUAUGCACAAUUUGAUCUUGAAACAUUAAUUAAUGAUAUUUCAAAUUUACCUAUAAGUUUUCAUGAAAAUCGCUUACAACAAAUGGCUAUGUCUGCAACAGCUCGAGUUAUUAAUAUCUGUUUCCGUCGUGGUUAUGCUUUGAAUGUAAUGAAAUAUAAAAUUUUGGCUGGUUUUACUGCUAUUGUGCCAUUCUUGGAUUUAGUUCCAAGAUAUUUUGCACGUGAACAAAUCCGUCAAAAGUUUGGUGUUAAUACUUUUUCAUAUUUUAUGAAAUGGUGGACUGGUAAAACAGAUGAAUUUCAAGACUAUUUAAAAGAAUUCCAGAUCGAAAUCGAUGAAUCGGAUUUUAAAACAUCAGCUUUAAAAAAUACGUUUAAAAUUAGUGGUGUUUCAAGUGAAAAUAAAGUGACAAACGCAUCUUCAGUUGCUGUUAAGACUGCAACAGGUAUUGCUACUGUUGGUGCUUCAAUGUCGGACGAUGGUCUUAGAGCUGCUGGAAUCGGUGCAGUACACACUGUUCGUGGUUUGUCUGUUAGUUUAAUUGUUGUUGGUGCACUAUUAACAGCAGGAAUGUGUGCAUGGUCAGCUGUAUCAAAUGGUAAACAAAUGUAUGAUUAUUUAAAUCGAUUAUGUGAUGAUCUGAUAUUUAUUAGUGGACAUGUAGCAAUAAAAAUUAUUGAAAAUAAUCAUGAAAUACGCAAUGAAUUUUUGAAUCAAACAUGA